GCUUGUUGGAGAGGGUACAAGCAGCGCAGAGCUUACCUGGAGAGGCUGCGCUACCUGCAAGCCAACGCAGACGCGGCGAUAAAGAUCCAGGCGGGCGUGAGGAUGUGGCAGGCUCGGAGAAAGUACCAGGAGAGGCUGCGCUACUUCAGGCAGAACAUUAAAGCUGUAAUUAAAAUCCAGGCUUUUGUGCGAGCUAACAAGGCCCGUGGGGAUUACAGGAUGCUGGUCCACGCCAGGAGCCCGCCGCUGAGCAUCGUCCGGCGCUUCAUCCACUUGCUGGAGCAGAGCCAGCACGCCUUCUGGGAGGAAAGCUGGGCUGAACGCCGGAGCUCGCCGGCAGUGACCAACGCUUCUCUCUCCUUGCCCGUGCGGCUCCAGGAGGUGGUCUCCCACUGCAAGAAGCUGACCAAGAAGAACAAGGAGCAGCUCUCGGAGAUGAUGUCCAUAGACAAGCAGAAGGGGCUCAAGUCGCUCAGCAAGGAGAAGCGGCAGAAGCUGGAGGCCUACCAGCAUCUCUUCUACCUGCUGCAGACCCAGCCUAUGUACCUGGCCAGGCUGAUCUUCCAGAUGCCCCAGAACAAGUCCACCAAGUUCAUGGAGUCGGUCAUCUUUACACUUUACAACUAUGCGUCCAACCCACGGGAGGCUUACCUGCUGCUCCAGCUCUUCAAAGCAGCGCUGCAGGAGGAGAUCAGGUCCAAGGUGGACCACGUCCAUGACAUCCUGACGGGGAACGCCACGGUGAUCCGGCUGGUGGUCAGCUUCUACCGCAACGCGCGCGGGCAGAACGCCCUGCGGCAGAUCCUGGGUGGCCCAGUGCAGGAGGUCCUGCAGGACAAGACCCUCAGCAUCCGCACCAAUCCUGUGGACAUCUACAAGGCGUGGAUCAACCAGACCGAGUCGCAGAGUGGGCAGAAAAGCAAGCUCCCGUACGAGGUCAGCCCUGAGCAGGCUCUCAGCCACCCCGAGGUCCAAAGGCGGCUGGAUAUUUCUAUCCGCAACCUCCUCACGAUGACGGAGAAAUUUGUCUCUGCCAUCACCUCUUCUGUAGACAAGAUCCCCUAUGGGAUGCGCUACGUGGCCAAAAUCCUGAGGACAUCCUUGGCUGAGAAAUUCCCCAAGGCCUCGGAGGAGGAGAUCGACAAGAUCGUGGGGAACCUGCUCUACUACCGCUUCAUGAACCCAGCGGUGGUGGCCCCCGAUGGCUUCGACGUCGUGGACAUCUUGGCCGGGGUGACCCUGCACCCCGACCACCGCCGCAGCCUGGGCUCCAUCGCCAAAGUGCUGCAGCACGCGGCCGCCCGCAAGGCCUUUGAUGGGGAGAACGCGCAUCUCUGCGGGGUGAACCAGUACCUGGAGGACACCCACAACAAGUUCAGGAGGUUCAUCUCUGCUGCCUGCUGCGUCCCUGAGCCAGAAGAGAGGUUUAAUGUGGACGAAUACUCGGAGAUGGUGGCGGUGGCCAAACCGGUCAUCUACAUCACAGUGGGAGAGCUCAUCAACACACACAAGCUCCUGCUCGAGCACCAGGAUUCCAUCGCGCCGCACCACGGAGACCCCCUGCACGAGCUUCUGGAAGAUCUUGAUGAGCUGCCUACGGUCCAGUCCCUUGUCGGGGAGAGCGUUCCCAGCCCGGCGGACAGCAGUGCCGAGCAGAUGCUCUCCCAGCUCAGCAAAAUGGAGAUUUCCCUCACCCUCACCAGCAAGCUGGUGCCGGCGGCCAGCAGCGAGGAGAGCGACAGGAGGAGCUUGCUGCUGAGCACUAAGCAGAUGCUGGUGGACGUGAUCCAGUCCCAGCCAGGAGAUUCCCUCCCGGAGAUCCUGUGGACAGUGGCUUCGGAGCACGAGAGCAUCCGCAACCUGCGGCGCUUGGAGAGCCUGGGGCUCGUGGAUUCCGCCCAUCAGUACCAGGAGCUCAUCAACGAGCUGGCCAAGGACAUCCGCAACCAGAGGCGCUACCGGCAGCACCGCAAAGGGGAGCUCCUGAAGCUGAGACAGACCCUGCAGGGCCUCAACGCCAAGACCUUGUUUUACGAGGAGCAAAUUGAUUAUUACAAUCAGUACAUCAAGACCUGCCUCGACAACCUGGCAGCCAGCAACAAGGUCAGCGGGAAGAACAAGAAACUGCAGCCGCUGCACUACACGGCGGCCCGGCUGUUCGAGAAGGGGGUGCUGCUGGAGAUCGAGGACUUGCCGCUCAGCCAGUACGUAGCCCCUGGUCCGUGGGAUGAGCUAGCGCAGCGCAAAGCUUGGGCAG